UAAGUCAUUAAAUUCAGGUCCUUCCACAUUUACUGGUGAGGACACUGCUGAACUCUAUGUUCACGGCAGUCGAGCCGUAGCGGAUGCUUUAUCACAGCGUUUGACUGGUUUUGAAGGUGUACGACAAGCUAAUAGAGGAGAAUUUACGAAAAGGGCUUUUUUCAAUGGAAAAAUGGACUUUCACGAGGUUCACGGCCUGAGAAAUCUUAUCUAUUCUGAAACACAACGUCAAAGGCAAAUGUCGUAUGGGCAGAUGAGGGGAGGAGCCGAAGCGCGACGAAUACGGUAUCCCUCCAUUAUUUGCUAUGAAGUUAACUAA